AUGGAGGGCUGGUUAACAAAGCGUCGAGACCACAUGAACCUCAUUUGGUUGGAUCGAUACUUCCUCCUUGAUGGUAAUCAGCUUCGUUACUAUCGAAAACGCGGUGAUCCUGCUCCACGAGGAACGUAUGUUCUAACUGAUGGUUGUGUUGUAAGUCCUGUCUUUAAUUCUGAAGAGAAACAUAAACACCAUGGACCUGUGUGGAUGUUCCGCAUAACAUUUGCAGUUGGCGAUAGUGUAAGUGGUGAAAAAUCCUACAAAAAGGACCGUUUUCUUGAUCUUGGAGCUAAGAGUGAAGAGAAUGCCAAGGAGUGGAAGCGCGCUUUAGAAAACGCUGUGCGCUCUCUGCGUGAACUCGUGGCACACCAAAAGAAGCUCAAGACAGAUGCCGAGAUUUUUCCAACGCCGACGCAUGUUCCAAGAAUGCUAAAAGCUGAUGAAGACACUGUGUCACUGUUUAAUUUGGAUGCAGAUAAUGUCAAGGCAGAGCAGGCAUGGUGGUUGGCUCGAGUAGAAGGUGGACUCCGAAUUAUGCAGGAAUGUCCGCUUGGACCAAAUGUGGCCGCAAAUCUGUGCAGCACUGAGUUUCAGCACUAUGUAUUCCUUCUCGAACAAUAUGCUCAUGAGCUUCGUAACAGCACUUGCAGCUAUUGCCAAGUUUUUCGUCUCAUUAUGAACUCCAAGCGAUUCCAGCGAUGGGACGCAGCAACGGCUACUAUGCGCGUCGUACAGCAAUUAGAUGAUCACGCGGAUAUUGUCUACGUGACGCAACGACCGACGCAGUUGGGGCCAUUCUGGCAAAAAGCGCGUGACCUUGUACUUAUGCGCUACUGGCGACGUGAAGAGGAUGGAUCAUAUUUUGUCAUGUACCAGAGUAUUGACCAUCCAGAAUGUCGGGUGAGGCAUAAUUACGUGCGUGCAAACUUCCUAGGCGGCGGCUUUGUUAUUGCCCCCCAGCGUGUUCCAAGUGGAUCGAUUCGCACGUUAGUAACGUACGUGAUUCGCUACGAUCCGGGAGGUUGGUCCCGCAUUUACCAUCAACUUGGUAUGGACGUGGAUUUGGUCAUGCCGAUGCUUCGUAGUGUUGUGGGAAUCCGAGAUGAAAUGAGUGCUACGGACUUUAUUACGCCUAAUGUCUCGAUGGCACCUGCUAAUGACGAGGAGGGCUCGAAAACUGGUCAGGGGGAUUCUGUUGUCACGCAUCGUACAAGCGUGGACUCUGCGGGUGCUGUACUGGGCGUUCAAAAGUUGGAAACGAGUCUUCCCGAAAAAAUGUGGGCGGAACCUGAUGCUUCGCUUUUCAGUGUCCGUGGACAUAAUUACUUAUCUGACAAGAAAAAGAUUUCGUCGGCACCUGCAAUGUUUCAUACUGUGGGUGUGGAUCUUCUCUCGUUUGAAAGUCCCGCAGAAAGGUAUAAUGUCUCUUCUCGUACUGAUAGUGUCGGCCGCACCAGCUCCAAAUUUACGUUUGUUGUCAACAUGAUCAUUCCAAGUCCAGAAAAUGUCUGCAUGGUGUUCUACUUCCAGCCUGUGCGUGACAACGUUUUUGAAGAUGGAUCGAGUUUUUCGGAGCUGCUGAACGACUUUAUCGAUGGUGAUGACCAGUUCCGGAACUCACGCUUUAAGCUUAUACCUACAGUCGCCGAAGGAAGCUUCAUCAUCAAGCAGUCGGUUGGAUCAAAGCCCACAUUGCUCGGCAACAAGCUGAAGUGUCUCUAUUAUCGAGAAGAAAACUAUUUUGAAGUGGACAUUGAUAUUUCGUCCAACUCAGUUGCCAAUACGGUGGUAGGCAUGGUACAAGGUGUGACCAAGUCGCUCGUAGUGGAUCUGGCCUUCCUACUUGAAGCCCAGUCCGACGAAGAGUUACCGGAAGUUAUCCUCGGCGCAGUUCGCAUGCAACACGUUUCGCUCGACAAACCACGCCGAAUGCCAGCACUCACUUCUUGA